CUGAGGGUCUUACUGAGGGACUGGGUCAUUCAUCAUUCUGUUUCAUUUCAUUUUCAUGACUUUUCAACCGGAAGCAGCCAGAGGCGAUCCUAUAUCGUCGCUCUCCAGAAACGUCGACAUCAGCGGGACUUUCCGUCGCCAGUCGCCGGAAUUGCGAAACGGUGCUGCUAACACAAAACUAAAGAGGGAAGCCCAUUAUCCUUACCAAAGGAGGAUAUAAAUUUUCUUAUUGGGUUUUUAAUAUUCGAUUAUGGAGGCUUAGACACCUACAAAAGCGAUGUCCGAAAUGGGGGGAGGGGUUUGAGAUCACACAACCCAUGGUCUGUAUGUAUGCAUGUGUGCGCUUGAGGAAUUUAUUUAAUUUAUAUUGUUGGUGCACAUAAUCACAUACCUUAUGUUUAAGUUUAAAUGGUUGGAUAAUGUAUUAAACAUGUCUGAGGUAAAUAAACCAGAUAAUAAAGUGUUCACCGAUCCUGGGUGAUCUGAUCACAGUCUGAUAUAAUUACUGCUUUGAGAAUUCAUUUUAAUUACGCUAUUAAAAAUAGUCCAUCCUUUUUUUUUUACUGCACAGGAUGUGUUUUGUUGGACAUACGUGUACUGGGACUGUAACUGAAAAAUAAAUAUUGUAGUUUCAGUUAAAUGUUCAGAGGUGGUACUCUGUACGAGCUACAUGUAAUACAGAUCCAGGUUUGAGGAGGAUAAAUAACAGAUAUGUCCAAUGCUGUGUGAUAAUGUUGGUUGCCAGAGUGGUACUUUUUUUUAAGUUUGACACUUAGGCCAGCCUCACAUUCUUUUUCAGUUGUCUUGGUCUGAGUUAACCCUCCCACUUCUUCUGCCCCCUUAUCUUUUUUACAAUUUUCAGUUUCUGUAUGACUGAGUGUGUCUGUGUGAGAGGAUAAGACCUUGGGUUUUCUCAAACCUCUCUCCCUUUUGAAGGACAUCGCUUUUCCCUUAUUCACUAUAAUUAAAUCUCAAAAUGGAAACUCUUGUUCAACUCAAAAACAGCCCAUUUUUGAUGGGCUUGUGUCGUAACGGACCUCCACCUGACCUACAGUAUGAUAACUCCUCGGAGCUCUUCCGGAUCUCUACUUUUGCUCGUUUCCCGUGUUCGGGAGUCACAGAGCGAAGUCUGGCGAGGGCAGGUUGGUUCUACACCGGUGUGGGUGACCGCGUUCAGUGUUUCAGGUGCAAUGUGACGGCAGAGGGCUGGCAGGCCGGAGACUGUCCAACAGAGAGACACAGACAGCUCUCUCCUACCUGCUCCUUCAUCCAGAGCCUCCCGUCUACAGCCAACCUGCUCUCCUCCUCUCACUCUGCCUUUUCUCCACUCCGCAUUGCUCCAGCCAUGCCACUUUCUGGUCCAGGCCCAGCUGCUCCUAACCAAACAGUAAGUCAAGGUGAUGAGCCGGUCGGGUACCUAAAUAUGGGUUUCUCUGCUCCGCCGCCCUCCAGCCCACUGAGCUCUCGUGGUGUUGAGGACAUGUCCCACCAGAGACCAACAUGCCACAAUCCCAGCAUGCGCAGAGAGCAGGACCGCCUUGACUCCUUCCACUCCUGGACACUCUCCAUCAUCACCCCCGCAGAGCUUGCCAAAGCAGGCUUCUACUAUUUAGGCCAGGGCGACCGAGUGGCCUGCUUCAGCUGCGGAGGACAGUUGAGUAACUGGGAACCAGGUGAUAGAGCCGUAUCCGAACAUCAGAGACAUUAUCCAAACUGUCGUUUUGUCCGGGGGGAUAGAGCUGACAACGUGUCGCUGGCCGGAAUGGCAGGAGCUGCGUCUGGAGCAGUGACGUCCCAACUGUCUGCAGGAGGCCCAGCUCUCAGUAACGUGUCCAACCCCGCCAUGCAGCAGAGCGAAGAAAGGCUGCUUACCUUUGUCAACUGGCCGUCUCGUAUUCCUGUGCGCCCUGACCAGCUGGCUAAAGCUGGCUUCUACUAUGUAGGUCGUAAUGACGAUGUCAAGUGUUUCUGUUGUGAUGGCGGUCUGCGAUGCUGGGAGUCUGGAGAUGAUCCUUGGGUGGAACAUGCUAAAUGGUUUCCUCGGUGUGAAUAUUUGCUCCAGGAGAAGGGACAAGAGUUUGUUCACCAGAUCCAGGCUCGUUUCCCUCGGCUUUUUGAGCAGCUUUUAACAAAUGGAGACGCCAGCUCCAGAGAGUUUGUGGAUCCACCUGUGGUGCACCUCGGUCCAGGAGAGGAGCGAUCUGAGGACGCCGUCAUGAUGAACACCCCUGUGAUUAAGUCUGCCUUGGAGAUGGGUUUUGAGAGGAGUCUAGUCAAACAAACGGUCCAGAGCAAGAUCCUGACCAGUGGCGAGAACUACAGAACAGUUCAGGAGCUGGUUUCAGACCUGCUGAGUGCCGAAGACCAGAAGAGGGAGGAGGAGCGUGAGAUGCUGGCAGAGGCAAUGGCAUCAGAUGGUUUCACCUUUGUGAAGAGACACCAAGCAGCUUUGAUCCAGCGCCUAAAGAGUGUCGAGCCAGUGUUGGACCAUUUAAGAGAGCAAAACGUUUUAUCUGCUGAGGAGUAUAGCAGUCUUCAGGCUCAGACGUCGGCCCAGCAGCAAACAGCCAGGUUGAUAGAGCUCAUCCUCACAAAGGGUAACGCUGCCGCUGAGGUCUUCCGCAACUGGAUCCAGAAAAACGAUGUCCACCUGCUCAGAGAUCUCAUGGCCCAGUCAAAUGAAGCUGCAUCACCAAGCCAAGAUCUUUCAGACCUCCCCAUGGAGGAGCAGCUGCGGCGCCUGCAGGAGGAGCGCACCUGUAAGGUGUGCAUGGAUAAAGAAGUCAACAUUGUCUUCAUCCCAUGUGGACACCUGGUGGUGUGCAAAGAGUGCGCACCAUCUCUGCGAAAGUGCCCCAUCUGCAGAGGUCUGGUUAAAGGCACAGUUCGAACCUUCCUCUCAUAACCAGGAGACUGAGCAGAGCUCCCUCAGUCUCAUGUGUCACUAUGAUGUGAUUGAAUGUAAGCAAUAUGAUACAAAUUUAUAUUUAUUGGAAAGGUUUUCUAAUAUGUGACUUACCUGGCCAUGUUAAACCUAAGAGACAUUUAAGAUAUCGGCAACUUUCUAUAUCAUUUAUCUACAUGAUCGGAUAAUGCUCAGACAUAACCUUAUAUGAUAAGAAUCCAGUAAGAGUACAAGGUGAUGGAUUUUUCAAAUAUGCUUUUUGGUUGAUAUGUUUGACAUAGGUAUACUAUUAAUCUAUUAAUAUCCAAAUAUGAAAAAUCUAAUAAAAUAAUCAAAUCAUUGUUCAAAACAAUGUGUUCCACUGUUCUUGAUCUUAACUCAUGUAAAACAAAAACAUCAAUAUAUUAUUGUUCCUAAAUUAACAUAAGAUUGUCUUAUAAGGAAAGUUUAUAACAGCAGCCCCAUAAUCAACAUCAGUUUAAAGGCUUCAGUCAUUCUGAUUAUCAGACGAAUCAAUGAGACGGUCAUUGUUGAGCAUUAAGGGUCGAGACAGGCAGCAACUACAUUAAAUCAUCAUUAAAGAAGCAGCUUCAUAAACAACAGAAGUUUGAUUGUGACCCGAGGUGUUAAUUAAUUGGUACUGUAGUCCUCAAUUAGAAGAGGGAUAGUCUCAAAGUUUUGUCGAUACAAGUAGACCCAGUGCUGACUGAAUUAAAUCAUCUGUAUUUAAAACUGAACUUAUAAACUUUACCAUAUUUACUGCAGGGCUUCUGUCGUUAGUUUUUGACCAGUUCCUUCUCAAAAUCUAAGGUGUUUUAUUUUUCUGUAUGUCAAAUUGAACUGACUUUUGUGACUUGCCAAAUAUCCUACAUCCCCCAUGUAACUACAGCCGUUGUAUUUAUGUUACAUAAAAAUAUGGAUAUAUACUGUUCAUUAAAAAUCACAAGUCUAA